GCUCUCGAGCAUCCAAUGCAGAUGCGUUACACAUGAGGCUAUUCGGUGCUGUGUGGAUGGGAUAAUCAAAUGAAAUAGCAUCAAUAAAGAUAAAUAGUUGUAUUAAUAAUAAUAUCUAUAUUGACAACAGAAGAGAAAGAAUAAUAGCCAAAUAACAUUUGCAAAAGGUGACGAUAAAUGACAGCGAUCAAUCAUUUUCUUUAAACGUGUUCAGACGUUUUCUGCGAACAGGACUGGAUUUGGUAUGUUUGGUUUUUUUCCGUCACAGAGUCCAGGAAUGUACGUUUCGGACUAUGGAAAAUUACUGUUUGCACAACUGAACUCUGUUAAACCAUCACUGUCAAAUAGAAAAGGACAAAUGCUGUCACUAUAGGGAGAUACCUUUAAAAAAAUACACGUUUGCUAAAAGGGUGCAUAUGAGUACCUUGAACAUAUCUAUUCAUCAGUAGCGGAUGGUCAAUAGGGAGCGCCGCCCCACCAAAUUAUCCACAGAAGAUGACUGUUAAACAUAAGUUCAACAUUUAUUAUAAAUUGCAAAAUAAUUUAUAAAUUAAAUAAUAUUUUAUUAUUUAAAUAUAAUACUUUUUUAAUAAUUGUAUAUUGUAAGGCAAGGCAAGGCAAUUUUAUUUAUAUAGCACAUUUUAUACACAGUGGCAAUUCAAAGUGCUUUACAUAGAAGAAAUUAAAAUAAUAAAAAGAAAUAAGAGUAAUUAAAACAGUUUAUAAAAGUAAAAUACAGUACAGUACAGACAGUCGGACGAACAUUGGCACAGUGCUCAUUCAUUAAAUGCAUAGCUAAACAGAUGCGUUUUGAGUCUGGAUUUGAAAGUGACUAUUGUCGGAGCACAUCUGAUCUCCUCUGGAAGCUGGUUCCAGCUGCGGCUGGCAUAAUAGCUAAAAGCAGAUUCGCCAUGCUUUGAGUGAACCCUUGGUAUUUCUAGCUGAUAUGAUCCUAGUGAUCUGAGUGAUCUGUUGGGUUUAUAUUCAUUGAGCAUAUCUGCAAUGUAUUGUACAUGGUUAAUUUCUGCGACAAUACAUAGAUAUAUUGUGCGUGUUGUGUAGGUACACAAACUUUUGGCAGGCAGGUGACCUGAAGCUCUCUAACUCAGCGUUCACACCAGACGCGACUUGCGCGUAGUUGGACGCUUGAACAUUUUGAGUUCACUCGCUUCAUUCGCGCGUGAAAUUCACUUCACAAAUACUCGCUAUGUCGUAAUCACAUUAUUACUAGAGCAAGCACCCAACAGCAGUCUGAAAGACUGAGAGUAUACAAUGUAUAUGCAGAGACACUAAAGUCAGAAAUUUACGCACGUUAAAAAAUAAAUACGACCUCAAGUUGUGUCAAUCACAUUUAUCCAUAUUUUCGUCUGUCAUAAAAAAUCGUAAUGUAUAGCCACUGAAAAAAAACAAGAUUUUUUACUGGGUACUGGGUUCGUUUUUCUGAGUUUUCCGCAGAAUUUUAUGAUCAAAUACGGAGUGUAUGUUUAAAGACCUUAAUACUGUGUCGUUUUACUAAAUAUCAACUUGUUUUCUAUGCAGUAGUUGAGGUUUGGAAACAUAGAGGGCUUCUUUUUUUUAUACUUUUGACCUUUGCCAAUAAAACCAAUAUUUAGGAGACAUGUUGUUCGUUUUAAAGAAAAAUAAAAAUAUAUAACAAUUUACGUUAACACAUACAUCAAAAUAAAAAAUCUUGUUUUUUUCAGUGGCUAUACAUUUAUGUAUUCAUAUGACAUAAUAUGCAAAAAUACUCCACACGACAGUGUAUAACAUUGCGUGAACGUUGACUUGACUGAAAUAAAACUUUACGGACAGUAUUCUCUUGAUGGACAUGUAUGGAUAUACUUAAUAAAUGUCAGUGUCCACAUGAGUGCUCGACCUUUCACCUUUAGAGAGACGUGCACACAGACACAAAUGCCUUCAUCUUUCAUUUCACACGCAUCUACUGGUGAAGCUGCACCUUGUCAAGAGAUCAUCGCAGCUGAAUCUGCAGCAAAUCAAGGAGCGUCAGCGGUCAUGACAGAAGCUCAGGAUUACCUGAUGGACGGGAGUCCGCUCAUCACCGCCGCUCAUCUGGGUAAACUCCGUUUGGUCCGUCUGCUGGUGGAAGGAGGCGCGCAGGUGAACGAACGCAACCAGAGAGGAGAGACACCGCUGCUGGCUGCCUGUCGAGCUCUUCGCGGUGAGCAGUCUGGGACAACAAUGUUAAGAAUGAUCAAGUUUCUUCUUCAUAACCACGCAGACCCAAACAUUCAGGACAAGACGGGCCGUGCUGCGCUCAUGUACGCCUGCAUGGAACGGGCUGGGGUGGAGGUGGCGGCUACUCUGGUAGCGGCGGGAGCCGAUCCGAGCUUAGAGGACUACAGCGGAGCUUCGGCCCUGGUGUAUGCUGUAAACGCUCAACAUCAGGACACGCUGCAGGUGCUGCUGGACGCCUGUCGAGCCAAAGGAAGAGACAUCCUCAUCAUCGCCACGGACCUGAACUGUGACGGGAGCAGCGUCACGCGACGUUACCUGAACGUUCUCCCGUCGCCCGACGCCUCACCCGUCUCGUGCAUGUCUCCCUCAGAUAUCGAGCUGAAGACCACCUCUCCAAACUCUGAUGGAGAAAACAUUUUUAAUUUCCGAGGAGCUGGCGCAUCGUCUCCCGUCCUGCCGCGGGGCGACAGCGCGUACCGUCAAAGGUUGCACUCUGAGCCCUGGCUGGCCAUCCAUAACCUGGCCCAUCUCACUCAGACCUACGAGAAGAACCUGGCAGGAACAUUUGAAGGACGCGAUUUAACGUUUGAAGAGGAUCAGACAUCCACUAGUAGAGGUUUUUCAAGAACGUGUCGAUCAAAGAAAAUGGAUUUGGAAUCCAAAGACGCAGGAAUGUGUUCCAGGAAGCCCACAGAGAACCCAUCAGGUCAAGAGCACCUGCAAAGCCGAAGAAACACUUUGCCCGACCUUCAAAGUCAAGCGUUCCUUAAGCUCCCGUCUGUGAAACUGACUCUGUCCAGCUCAGACACUCACUUACAUGAGCCUCCCAACGUACCAGCACCGACUCCCGCAUCCAUUGGCGGGGUAUGCUUCCCAUCCAUAUACAGAACCAGAUCACUGCUCCUCGCGCCCCCCGAUGGACUUCACGACUGCAAAAAACUGAACAAAAAGAAGACGCGAGAUGAUUUCAGCACAAGACCCGAGUCCCGCCGAGGUUUUCUGCCCCCGCUGCCAGUUCACCCUUCCACGCGGACCGUGUCCAGGGACCCAAACUCUCAUGUCAGUCAGAUACGCCGUCACUCAGUUCAGCUGGAGCAGACGCGACAGACCGGAGCUUCAGAGGAGACCACUUCUCUUACCUGA